UUGUUUUGACGCGGUGCAUGUCGGGAAUAGCUAAGCAGCAUCAAAUAUGGCGACUUCCACGGCACAAGAUGGAAAGGUUGCUGGUAUCUCAGAUGUGGAUAUUUUACUGCACCCUGAGCUGUUGUCUCAAGAGUUUAUGCAGCUCAUUUUAAAGGAGAAACACGUCAGUACCAAAGACUGUGAGACUCGGGAUCGGCUAACAGAGCUUUACCUCCGACAUGUCAUCCCGCUGCCGCAGAGGACUUUACCCAACAGCCGCUGGGGCAAGAGGAUGGAGCAGAGCCGAGGGAGGCAGGCACCGGCCGGUCACAGGUCAGACAGUUCCAGUAACGACCACAAUAGGAAAAGGCCCUUAAUUGUGUUUGAUGGCAGUACCUCUCAAUCUGGCCAGCUAAAAGUAAAGAAACCAGAGGGAACCAUUCUGUCAACGGGAAUCACUGACAGAUUAAAACCUCCCCCUGCAACAAACCUGUCCAACCCCAUCCGGAGGCUGUCUGGAAACACAUCUUCAUCCUCGUCCUCAUCCAUUCAUCGUAGCACCGACACAAACCUCAAACGAGAAGCAAACAGCUCGAAUGCAGUGACAUCUCCAGAGGUGAAGAAAAAGAUCCAGCAUGUGACGUGGCCCUGACCCCUGACCUUUGUUUACUCAGGUUCUAAUGCACGGACCACUCCACCAAAUGUUGUUGCCCUCUGCUUAUGCUCUCCUCAUCAUAGUCAUAUCCCAAAUUGUGUAAUAAACCAGCAUGUGAACAAUUUUACCUGCUCCGGUCUGAGAGCUGACAGGAUGGGGUGGUGCUUCGAAGAUUUUCCUUAUCUUCAAGUCACAAGCCUCCUCGUUGCUUUCCACAACCUCAAGUGCCCUUAGCGUCAGUGAUCCGAAACUCUUCUCAAGUCCCGCACAUGGAGACCUUCUUGAUGACAAAACAAGCAAUGGUGACUAUUGUUUUCUGAAAUAACAUAUAAGGAAUUCAUGGUUGUUGAUAUGCUUUUAGAAGACCUCCGGUGCUGGUUUACAAUUGUGAGUCCGGAUUUAGUUUAAAGUGUUGUGACUGGUACUUUUGAAACAGCUUACACAGACUCUCAGAGAUUGUUACUGUCGAAAUGAUGGAGAUAUCUAUGAGGCACUAUGAACGUGAUGUGAGGCAAAAAAUAUUGAAUAAAAAAAAGCAGUUUUUCUCUGUAGUACUUUUAAAAUGGUGAACUCAGUUCCCUCGAUGUUUGGCUUUUUUCAAACCGCGGUACUGUUUCAGAAAUUGUUCAGGGUUUUUAAAUAUCACUGCAGUGUUGUAUAACCACAGUCUGUGGGUACAGCAGCUGAAGAGCCAUUUUGACACAGAAAUCAGAUAUUUGAAUAUCAUCUUUUAAUUAUUUAUGCAAAAGAAAGGAACAAGAACUUAAUCAAGAAUGUUGUCUUUUUGAAAUAUGUUUAUUUGGAAUUAUAGAUUAAUUUACUGUCUUUGAAAUGGCUGUAGAUAGAGUUCAUCAAAAACACACAGGAACAAGUUUCACAAAAAUCUUUUAAAUCCAUGGUUAAAUCCACUGUCUGUUUUUUUUUUAAAUGAAUUUUCUCAAUACAAUAAAGCAUCGAUGUUGAUUUAGUUAUAGUAGAAACAUCAGCAGUUUUGUGACUCUUGUUUGAUAUGCUGUAUCAAACAAAUCUAAUAAUGUGGUUAAAAAAAAAUAAAAUGGGAAAUCUUAAGUCCUGUUCAGGU